AUGUGCAUCUUCAUCAUUGAUUCCGACGAGUCCCACCCGUCAAAAACCACCACCACCAUCGUCGGCGUCUCUUACGACGGCGGCGUCAUUCUUGGCUCCACUGACAUAAUCACACAGCUGACUGCUAAUGUUUUCUUGUGUCACUGUACACUUGGAGCAGAUACACAAGUCCUUCUAGAAGAUGCUCGCAACUUUCUUGAUCAAGAAACUACUGCUACGGUUGCGGCCGAGAUUGUUGGUAUGGUAUUAUCUGCAUAUGACAUUAACAACAAGAAAAAUAUGUUACAAACUGCGGUGCUUCUGGGUGGAGGGGACAAGAAUGGAGGAGGCAAAAUAUAUGAGAUAGGUUUUAGUGGGGUGGUAAUGGAGAAGUCUAAUUUUGGUGUAGGAGGAUAUGGGGAUGUUGAUUUGAAUGAUUUCUUGGAGAAAGAAUGGAAGAAAGGAAUGACUGAAGAAGAAGCUGAGCAAUUGGCGGUGAAAGCAUUGUCAUUAAACAACAACAUUAACAGCGGCUGUGGUGUUCAAACUGCGAGUGUAAACUCGAAACGGUUCACGACAGCUUUUCACCCUUAUGCCACACUUCCUAUUAAGUCAGAGAAGUUGGAAUUGGAGCAUAUGAAUGAGAAGCCAAUGCUCGAAUGUAUACGAGCACAUUUACUUUUGUUGCUGAAUAUCAAUGAGGGUCUCUAG